UGCAGUGACACUCUCCAGGGAGCCAGGAUGGCUUGAGGGUGUGCUGGAGGGAAAGCGAGGACUCAUCCCUGAAAACUAUGUGGAGAUACUGUAACUCCGAAAAGAAAGCAAAGGAAAAAAAAAUCCUCACACUUCUCUUUAUAUACAUGGUAUCCAUGGUCUCGGCGGCUCUUUCACAACAGCACUGCUUGUCGCUCCUCCAUCUUUGUCCACAUCGAAGGGGUUUUUAUGCUGUAUCCAAACAACGCAGAUAUGUUGCUAGCACAGAAAAUGAGUUCAAGUAUAAGCUAAGCUGUGCAGUGUGUGUAUUAAAGAGGCUACGUUUUUUAGAGAUUGGAAAUGUAAAUAUGGUUUUGCAUGAGGAAGUAUUCAUCCUUCGUUGUGACCGUCCGCUUUUAAAGUUGCAUGUCUGAUGAUUUUAGUUUGUAGUUUGGAGUUGUUCAGCGUUCAGUUAAGAUACAUUGACUGUCUUUUUAUUUAAUAUUAUCAAGUCGCGUUCAAUUAGGCAUGUAUUGCAGUAAAUUUAAGUGUAACGUUAUGACAGUGCAGUGACCAUUAUCGCUUUGGUAAAAUAAGUAAACUAUUUUGCUUCUUGGAACACUUUUUGAGAUAUACAUAGCAGCUGAUAUUGAUAUUGAAAUGCGAUUUAGUAAAUCAUUCGCAUUUAUAAAACUGAUGCUGUGCCUUAUGUUUAAAUAGCGCAUGGCAUGCAAGACGCUGUUCGAGAACUCAGAUAUUUUUUGAUAUUCUGUCUAUAGGUUUAAUACAAAAGAGGAAGAAAGAAACCUGGAAAACAAAACAAACCAUGCAGUCCCUUCUAAUAUAAUAUUGCCAAGUCUUACAUUUGUGUUGUGUACAGUACAUAGAAUAAUUUGUGUCUCUUCAAAGCCAAGCACUUUCCCUCUUUAAGUGGAUAAAAGGUUUAAAGUUACCACACACUCUUUGCAGAGACCUUCACUGAUUUCACUGAUGUUUAAUGAGUCCGUUUUCAUUUUUCUGAGAGCCCUGGUUCACGUUUGUGACUGAGCACAUCUGCGGUGAUUUAAGACAGUGAUUAAUGACCUCUGCAAAGGUCUUGGCAUUGAUAUCAUUUUUUUUGUGAUGUUGAAUCUCUUGUUGAUCAAUGUUAAAUAAAUAAAAUGUUUUAUUCUUA